CAAAUUUUUAGUUCGUUUUUAACAGUCGUACGCUAAACAGCAACAUUAUGUCCCACAUACCGAGCUGGAUAGAGCCAAAAAUUUUUGAAAAAGUUCUUCAACAAACCGUGCCUAAAUAUAAGGAGAUCAAAUCGUUUAAGGUCUACGAUGCCUUGGGACCGGGAGAAAAUUAUGUUGCGAUUGCCCUUAAGGUGCAGAUAAAGGUGAUGUUAACCGAUUAUUCGCUGCACACGCAAUCGUACUUUCUCAAGAUAGCCCACGAUACAGAUCUGUACCAUAAUGUGAUGUACAAAUGGAAUGUCUUCAACAAAGAAACGGAAGUCUAUCGCCACUUCAUACCCGACUUUGAGCAAAUGUAUCGCGAUGUAGGUGUGGAGGUUCGCUUUGGUCCUAAAAUUUAUGAACUGCCCGUCGAGCAUGAGUAUCUGCUGUUGGAGGACCUUAAUUCGCUGCAAUUUCGAAAUGUCAAUCGACAAAAUUCUCUCGAUUCGCAUCAUAUCAAAUUUAUGUUGAAAAAGUUGGCACAAUGGCAUGCCGCCUCGGCAGUUCGCGUUGAGCGAAAGGGACCCUAUAACGAUAUUUAUCUGAAGGGUUCCAUUAAUCCUGAUGGCGAACCAUUGGUGCGUGCCAUUGGUGGCACAGCCAUUCAGAAUGUUAUAAAAGCUGUAAAGGAUAUGAAGAACAAGGAUAUUUACUACAAGAAACUGCUAAAAAUGAGUGAAGGGUAUGCUGAUUUCCUGCUGCAAAACGUAGAACACAAUCCUAAUCAGUUUAAUGUUCUUAACCAUGGUGAUUUCUGGUGUAACAACAUGAUGUUCCAAUACGAUGAGAACAAAAAGAUCAACGAUGCCUACAUUAUUGAUUAUCAAAUGCUGCGUUAUGCCUCACCGGGAGAUGAUCUCAUUUACUUUUAUGUUACCUCAGUUCAAUUGGAUUUGAAAGUGUCCCGUUUCGAUGAGUUCGUAAAGUAUUAUCACGAUAAUCUGAUUGACAAUUUGAAAUUGUUGAAAUAUUCGAAGCCAUUGCCCUCGCUGGGAGAAAUACAUAAAAUGAUUUAUGAAGCCAAAGCUUAUGGUACUUUUGCCGCCUUUAGUAUAAUGCCUGCUGCAUUGGCAAAUCCUGUGGAAUCUGCAACAUUGGACAAUCUUGUGGGUGAUUCCGAGGAAAGCGUUGAGGCAAAGGCUCUCGUGCUUAAAGAAGAGCGUAUACAAAAACAUUUGGAAGUUACCCUACCUUGGAUGUACUACAAGGGAUAUUUUGAUUGAUGUUAUCAACUGACAACCGAAACCAGUUAUUUGCCAAAGGACAAUUCCCGUCCUUGUUUUCUUUAAUGUUUCGCUAUACAGAAAUGUUCAUUGGAAACGAGGUUACCUCUUUACAUUCAUGAUAUUUCCAAUUCUCUGGGAUUUUAAAUAUUAAAAAAAGUUAUCCAUUAUUUUUAUUAGAUUUAUUGUUAUAUAAAUAAAGAUUGAAAUUUUUUGUUGAGAUCUGAUGA